AUGCCCUCGACCAGUUACUUGGACCAAAAUUUCAAGUCGUCUUACUACCAUGAGGUACGCCCCACGUACCCUGUAACUCUUAUUAAUCGCAUCUUGCAGUAUCACGAUGAGUACCAUCACUCUCACGGCGGGUCCCGUAACCUGUUGCUUGACGUCGGUUGCGGGACCGGGAUCGCCACAAGCAUGUUCAUACCACAUUUCCAAAAAUGUGUUGGUGUGGACCCCUCGGAGUCUAUGCUUCAAGUGGCACGCCAAGAUUACCCGCGAGCGACUUUCAAAUUGGGUUACGGCGAGGAUCUAGUGUCGCUGGACAAUUUGGAGAAGGGCACCGUGGAUAUGGUUAUCGGUGCCGAAAGUCUACAUUGGUGUGAUAUGGACAUUGCCUUUGAACAAGUGUACCAAUUGUUGAAACAGGGGGGCACUUUCGCAUUUUGGCUUUACGUGCAACCGGAGUUUGUAGAUUUGGGACCAAAAGCAAACGAAAUUUAUUACAAGUACGGAUGGGGGCCACAGUACAUGGGUAAAUAUUUGACACCAGAACAGAGAUACUUUUUCACUAAUAUGGGUGGAGAUGAUUUACCCGAAAGAUUGAUUAAACAAAAGUUCAAAGAUUUAGAGGUUGGUGAAAAUUGUUCUUCAAAUAACCAACAUUCAGAACCGUUCCUAAUGAAAGGCCAAAUUACUUUGAAAGAUUUCAAGAGGUUUGUGAAAAGCUGGAGUUUGUACACCAGUUGGGUGAAAAACCAUCCUGAUGAAACAAACGACAUUGCCGACGUUUUCAUUGACGAAUUAAUGAAAGAAUGUAAUGUGCCAAGUGAGGAAACCCUUUUGAAUAUUGAGUGGUCCACUUUUUACUAUAUUUGCCGCAAGAAGUAA